AGGAGCGUGCGGCGACUCCAAUCAUUCUUGACGGGAGUGAUGACAAAGGACACGAGGGACCGGAUGGCAAAGCAGAAAUGAGAGAUCUGACACGAGACUUCAUGGAAACCAAUCCUAGUGUUGUGAACGGCCACCAAGUCUUUGAAGGAGACAUGGUCUUGACGGAGAGCCAGUGGCGAGCGGUCAGGGAGAGGAAGGCCCUUGCAGACCUCUCAGCGCGCUGGCCUGAACAGGGCGGCUUCCCCACCGUGCCCUACUACCUCGACACUACCGACUCCGUCACUGUGGCUGCCAUAAAUGCAGCGAUUGCUCACUGGGAGCAAAACACCUGCAUCAGAUUCCAGCUCACGUCCAACCUCGCUCAACGGCACGUCAGGUUUUUUGAAGGGUCUGGAUGCUGGUCGUAUGUCGGCAUGCUGGCCCAGAAUGGACAAGACAUUUCCAUUGGAAGUGGCUGCAAAGAACUCGGCAUUGUCGCCCAUGAGAUCGGCCACGCCAUUGGGUUCGUGCACGAGCAGAGUCGCCCCGACCGUGACGACUAUGUGGUCAUCAAUUAUGGCAACAUCCAAACUGGCAAGGAAAACAACUUCAAUAAGUACAGCACGUCAGUGGUCAACACCUACGGCAUACCAUACGACUACUCAUCCGACAUGCACUACGGCUCUACGGGCUUCACCAACAACGGCAAGAUGACCAUCGCCACCCUAUAUCCCUUGGCGCAGGAGCUCAUCGGCCAGCGCACGGGACUCUCUCACAGGGACAUACUAUUGGCCAACACCAUGUACGGCUGCAUCAAUAAGUGGCUUGCUGCUUGCGGAGUGAACGCCGACCCCUGCCAGAACGGCGGGUUUUAUGGAAAAGGCUGCGCUUGUGUGUGUCCCUCGGGCACCUCAGGGGCCAACUGCCAGACAGUGACAGGAGACUACUACGACGACUUGACGAAUCCCUGCACUGAGAAAGUAACUCAGGAAGGCCUCCUCACCUCGCUGGGCUAUCCAAGCAACUACCCAAAUAUCCAGUGCGUCAAGUGGAUUGCAGCUCCCGUUUGCCACGUGCCCCGAGUGACCUUCUCAGAUUUUUACCUGUACGAAAAGAGUCCCUACUGCGGCUCGACUACAGAGACGUGCUGCUACUUUGAUGGUCUGGAGAUCAGAACCGACAACUUGUACAACGGUGAAGUGUAUUGUGGCACGGACAUCACUGCAGGCCAGACCUUCACCGGAGCCGGUCAAGAGAUGAUUUUAUACUUCAGGGCGAUAAGUAAUAAUCUUCGCAGGGGAUGGUCUGCCCAACUCACCUUUGUGCCGCAACCGGGAUGCACACGAGAUCCAUGUUGACGCUGAAACUGGAAACGUUCACGCUGCAGGGAGAGGUGAGAAGAUGUGUGGACGGCGUCAAGUUAACAUUCUUGUACAAUCGAACGACAACGUUGUGUGGAUCUCAAUCAGGGAAAGUCUUUACAUCGCCAUCUUUCAAUUUCAACGCGAGAUUCUUCACCGACCCCACGAGGACCUAUCAGGGCUACAACAUCUCCUUCACGCCUGCAACCACGAGUUGUCACCAGAUAAUCACGGCAGCUGUUGGUCAGACUGGCACAAUAACUUCCCCUCCAGCAGAAAAAUACUGCGAAUACCGAAUCCAGGUAAAAACUGAUGUAACACAAGAAAGGUAUUAGUGUGUGUCUCUCUCCACAACACUGCCACUCCUGCGGGGGUGUCGACAAGAGAUUUGUUUGGUCAUGUCAUCUAUUUUCAUCAAACCUUAACCCGUCCGCUGCGAUUGGCACGAAUUUGGCCUUCACUGGCAGCCUGGUAACACAUACUCCUCUGCUUUUUAUUAUUUAUAUCAGUGACUUGGACACAGGAAUUAGUAACGAUGUUAGUAAGUUCGCAGAUGAUACCAAGAUCGGUAGAGUAAUCCAAUCAGACAGCGACGCUACCGUUCUCCAGGAUGAGCUUGACAGACUAUAUGAUUGGGUGAGGAAGUGGCAGAUGGAAUUCAAUGUCGGGAAGUGUAGCAUUUUGAGUGUAGGUAGGAAUAACCCCUUACACAAUUACUCCUUAAAUGACACUCCUCUGAGCAGGUCUGGGCGUGAGAGAGACUUAGGAGUCCUAGUGAGCGCUGACCUCCGUCCUAGGGCUCAAUGCAUUCAGGCUAAAAAUCGGGCAAACAGAGUACUAGGUUUCAUCUCAAGGAUCGUGAGCAAUAGGAGCGCUGAAGUCAUCCUCAAACUUUACUUAGCACUAGUUAGACCUCAUCUCGAUUAUGCAGUUCAGUUCUGGUCCCAUAUUAUAGAAUGGAUAUCAAGAUGUUAGAAUCUGUACAGAGGAGGAUGACAAAGAUGAUUAAGGGGGUGAGAAACUUGCCUUAUGAAGACAUGCUGAAGCAGUUAAAUCUACACUCUAGAAAGGCGAAGGUUGCGAGGAGACUUGAUCGAGGUCUAUAAAUGGAUGAAGGGAUUUAAUAAAGGGGAUGUCAAUAAAAUUUUGAGAGUGAAAGAGCCAGGUAGGACGCGUGGCAAUGGUUUUAAGUUAGACAAAUUCAGAUUCAACAAAGACAUAGGCAAGAAUUGGUUCACCAAUAGAGUGGUGGACGAAUGGAACAGGCUUGGGAGCCAUGUUGUGGGUGCCAAUACCAUAGAUACAUUCAAGAAGAGGUUAAAUAAAGCCAUGGAUGGUGAGGUAAGGUGGGGUUGAGUGUACAGGAGCUGCCUUGUAUAGCCUGGUAACAUAUAGUCCCAGGUCUUUCUCUGCCUCUGUGGUGGAUAAUGGAGUGUUUCCCAUGUGGUACUGGUAUGCUGGAUAUCCCUUCACUGUUAGCCUGGUAACACAUACUCCCAGGUCUUUCUCUGCCUCUGUGGUGGAUAGUGAAGUGUUUCCCAUGUGGUAUUGGUGUGCUGGAUAUCCCUUCACUGGUAGCCUGGUUACAUACACUCCCAGAUCUUUCUCUGCCUCUGUGGUGGACAGUGGAGUGUUCCCCAUGUGGUAUUGGUGUGCUGGAUAUCCCUUCACUGGUAGCCUGGUAACAUACACUCCCAGGUCUUUAUCUGCCUCUGUGUUGGAUAGUAGAGUGUUUCCCAUGUGGUAUUGGUGUGCUGGAUAUCCCUUCACUGGUAGCCUGGUAACAUACACUCCCAGGUCUUUCUCUGCCUCUGUGUUGGAUAGUGGAGUGUUUCCCAUGUGGUAUUGGUGUGCUGGAUAUCCCUUCACUGGUAGCCUGGUAACAUACACUCCCAGGUCUUUCUCUGCCUCUGUGGUGGAUAGUGGAGUGUUUCCCAUGUGGUAUUGGUGUGCUGGAUAUCCCCUCCCAAGAUGCAGGA